UUUAGCCUUAUCUCACAACAUACCAACUAGAAGUGGUGCGGCGCAGAUGGAUGAGCCUGAAGGCAGGCGGCUGAAGGCCUCAGAGGAUUCUGGGUCUCAGGCGGAGCCAGACGUCCCAAAAGUCUCAGAUUAUCAGCAGCUGCAAAAUGAUUUGAAGUCUGAUGCCCAGAAUCUGGAGGCGGAGUCCUGGAGCUUGGCUGUGGACCAGAACUACCUGAUAUCACUGAACAAAGAGGCCAUUGAAAGACAAGACGCCAUCUACGAGUUGAUCCAGACUGAGAUGCACCACGUGCGCACGUUAAAGACCCUCGUCCACAUCUACAUGUACGAGCUGAAGCAGUCUCUUCUAAUAGACGAAGCUGGGAUGGAUCGGCUUUUUCCUGGAGUGGAGGUUCUGCUCGGCCUCCACCAGAUCUUCCUCAACUGCCUCAAAAUGCGCCAGAAAGAGAGCAUGGAGGAAGGAAGCUCAAAAAACUACUACAUCCAACAGCUGGGAGAUAUUCUCAUCGCUCAGUUUUCAGGUUCACUCGGAGAACAGAUGAUGGGAGCCUACAGCUACUUCUGCAGCCAUCACACUGAAGCUGUCAGCUUCUACAAAGACCAGAUUCAGACCAAGAAGAAGCUGCAGGCUCUUAUUAAAAAAAUUGAUCAAGCCUCCUUGGUGCGACGACUGGGGAUCCCUGAAUGUUUCCUGUUGGUGACCCAACGCAUCACCAAGUAUCCAUUUCUGGUAGAACGAAUCAUCAAGAACACAGAGGCUAACAUGGACGAGUACAGGUCUCUGGUGAAAGGUUUGGAGCUGAUCAGAGAGACCAUCUCCCAGGUAAACAUUCAGGUCAGAGAAUACGAGAAGGUUUAUCGUCUGAGAGAGAUCAGCCAUCGUCUGGAACCAAAGACUCAGGCCCAUAUGAAAGACGGCCGGGUCUUUCGCAGAGAGGAUCUGAUCCAAGGUAACAGAUCGCUGCUGUAUGAAGGCACCCUCACCUGGAAGUCCUCCGGAAAACUGAAAGAAGUCGUUGCUGUGCUGCUGUCAGACGUGCUCGUCCUCCUACAGGAAAAAGAUCAGAAACUUGUUUUUGCUUCCAUGGACUACAAGUCACCAGUGAUUUCCCUUCAAAGAGUGAUUGUCAGAGAAGUGGCCCACGAGGACACAGGCCUGUACCUCAUCUGUGCGUGCACUCGUGGUCAGGCAGAAAUGUACGAGAUCUACACCGGCUCCAGAGAGGAGCGCCAAGCAUUGAUGACCCUCAUACGAGAAGCCGUGGAAAAUUAUGAGGAAAAGGAGCAGUACAACAAACUGAUUACAGGAUUGCAACGUUAUCAAGAUAUGUUGCAACAGAGGGACGAGCUGAUAAAACAUUACCUGGCAGAGAAGCAGCAGAUCUUUGAUGCUCUUUAUAAGGAAGUGAUCGGGCAGGAAGCCCCACACAAAGGGCUGCUGCUGCGAGGAGAAACAGCCGACCUCCAGCAGGGGGAGGCACUGCUCGCCGGGGCCAUCGAAGACGUGGAAAUCCUGCAGAACUUGUUCUUCAUGAGGAUAAAAGGCCCAAACCAUCACACAGAGAAUGAGAUGCAGGCUGUGGGGAUCAGGAGGACUCAGACUUUUGCAGGAAUAGACAGUAACACCAACGUAAAAUACGGAGAUGCAGCUGAUACUCCGGACAGAAGUGUUGGCUUUUCAUCGUACAGCCGGCAAACCAGCUGUGAAAAUCUGCUGAAGAGAUUGUCCAUCUCUGAAGGCCUGGAACAGUCUGUGAGGGAGGCUGAUGCUGAUGAUGAAACUGGAGUCCAUCUGCUGCCACACUGCAGUUCAAUAUCAAGUCAUUUUCCUGACAAAGCCGUGUGUGACCGUGUGUUGAAGCUCUCAAAGAAGCUCCACAGUUUAGAAGCGGUGAUCGUCCAGCAGGACAGCAUGAUUGAGCUGCAGAAGGCCUUCCACGCAAAGAGCAAGCUGCCCACUCGCAGCUACAGCAACGUGCUGCUGGAGCAGGAGAAGCAGCGCGCCCUGAAGAAGCAGAAGGAGGAGACGGCCGACCUGCAGAAGCAGUGGGCUCAGCACCGGGACGAGCAGCAGCGCUGGGAGAAGGAGAGGAAGACUCUGGAGGCUGCGCUGAAGCAGAGGGAGGAGGAGUGCCGGAGGCGGGAGGAGAAGCUGGAUGAGGAGAACUCGGAGCUGACGAGGCAGUGGGAAAGCUACCAGGAGGACCUGAAGUCGCUGAGAGAGACUGUACAAAAAGUAGAAAAGGAUAAAGAACGCCUAAAGAAAGAGAAGGAGAAGUUAAAGUCCCGCAAUUACGAUGAUCCUACAUGGUCUUACUCGACGUUGAGGGGCAGCGUAGUAAAUGGCGCUGGGACUCUGCCAGCACCUCCAAACACCCGAGCCCCGGGUCGUGUUUUGUCUGAUUCAACGGACAUUCCUCCUCGAGUUCCGCCUCGACGGGAGAGCAUCAGCCCCCGACCCAUCAGCCAGAACAGACCCGUCGUCCGGGUCAGCACCGCCCUUCACACGCAGAGACCUGCGGCGGUGCAGCAGAUCCCCCGCGAGCUCGCUACGACCUCCAGACGAAGAGAAAAAAGCAUGAAAGGCAAACGGGCUCACAAGAGAGCACACAGUGCAGCAAAUAUAGACGUGAGUCAGGUGGUGCCGAUCCGAGUGGCAGGGAAGGAAGGAGGCAGUCUGAAAACCAUGAGGAACAACAGUCCUCAAAGGAGCUUAAAUCCAGAUACCUUCAGGCCUCCAGCACCCGCUCCGAACGUCAAACCGUCUCCAUUCAACACAAACAGAAGAGACGGCAGCGAAGAGCCUCCUCCUCUGCCUCCUCCUUUCCCAAAAGACAUCAAAAAAAAUGAAGAUAAGUUAGUAAUCGUUUGACGUUGAGAUUUAAAGACGGUGUCAGGAUGGACUCGCGCAGUCACACGACUCCGCGCUGAUUUGUUUCUGGUAUUAAAGACUCCAGUUGUGACAGCGACGCAUUUUAAAUGAAGAAAACCUGUCUGAAAUCAAAUUAGCUAAAGAUUAAAAAAAGAAAAAAAGUUUAUUCAAGAGGUGCACAUUCAUGGUAAAGAAUGUAAAAAAUAUUUAAAUAGACGAGGCCCAUUUAUUUUGAAAAUGUUUAUAUUUUAAAUGAAGCUUUUUAAAGCCAAAGACGUUUUUUUUAUAUUUGUAUUAUUAUUUUUUUAUUAUUAUUUUAAACUUUAAAAGGUUUUCCGUCAUCGUUUAGCGCUCACGUCUUAGGCUUUCUCUUUAAUUUAAUGACAUGUGUGCAGUUUAGGUUUAACAAGUUUACAGCUUUGUAAAUACUUAGAUUUCUGCUGUGGGUUUGGUCCUCAGUGUGUGUCCGGUAAUCAGCGGGGUGUGUUGAGGAAAUCGGCCUGAAUUCUUAAUAAAACUGACAGGUGCAUGAAAACAGUUUGUACUUCCUGACUGCAGACGGACCGGCAGCAUUAACAGGAUUGUUUCACUUUAUUUGAUGUUGGUCCAAGAACAGAUCAUGAUUUCUGAUUAAAACACAACAAUGUAAAAUAUUCAACAAAAUUCAUUUUACUUGUCAUGAGAUUAAAAGAUUCUUUUUUUCCAGA